CCAGCGAGACCAAUCCCACCACCACCACUAUCCGGGCCACCACCACCAGCUGGGCCACCACCACCAUGAGCAGCAGCGUCGGCACCACUCCUGUGCAGGGCUCUGCAGCUGCUGAGCCACGAGCGGAGCCGGAGGAGAAGCUCCCAUCGCCAUUGCCAUCGUCCCCGCUCACCCAGACAUUUGGAGAGGGGACGGAGGUGGUGGAGGUGGUGGAGAUGCAGGAGGAGGAUGACGACAACGAGGAGGAGGAGGAUAAAGAGGAGAAGGAGGAUGGAAAGGAGAAGGAGGAAGAGGAGGAGGAGAGGGUGCGAGGGGUCCUGGCGCGUGUGGGCAGGGCGCUCCGCUCACUCCGCUCGCUGCUCAGCCGCCUGCUGCUCUGUGGUGGGCGGCCCACAGCAGAGUAGCGGAGUGGACCCCCACUCACCACCCACACUCACCACCCCCACUCACCACCCACACUCACCACCCACACUC